GGGCUCCUCGCCACUCGUAGCGGCCAGCAUUGGCGGAGCCCUAGAAAGGAUAGAUAUUUUCGUGGGGUUAGGGGUUUAGAUUAGGGCUCCUAUGGAGGAGAAGAGAGCGGCUUCCACCGCGAAGGCGGAGAACGAGAUCGACGCCAUUUUCGCAGAGAGAUCGAGCGCCAAGAAGAGGAAGAAGCCAGCAGUUGAGCAAGAACAGCAGCCCAAGGCCAGGAAAAGGGUAAAGAAGAAGAAGAAGAAGAAUGCCGCGAAGAAUCAGGAAGAAAAGAGGAAGAAAACGCAGGAGGGAUUCAGUGUGUACACCGAAGAGGAGCUGGGGUGCAACAAGAAGGACGCCGGUGGCACCGCGCUCUGCCCAUUCGAUUGCGAUUGCUGCUUCUGAGCGAAGAACCCUAAUUCCCCCGAGAAGAGAAUAUUUCUCUAGGGUUCUAUAGAAUAUCCUGUAUCUUUUUUCUCUUGUUUUGAAUUGAAAGCUAUCGCUA